AGAAGAAAAGUAUCUCUGUCUCUCUCAGGCAAUCUCAGUUCUUCAUUUUGUGUUUUGCUUGUAGGGUUCAUAAAGAUGUGAUCUUAAAGUUGAAACUAGUUGAAAGCACCAAAAUUUUACAGGGUAGUGGAUGAAAUCCUCGGGAGAUUGAUAGAAAUUUGAAGCAACUGAAGGAAUUAGUAAAAGCAACUAACUUUGAGCAGAAUACCAACAUGUCGGCACUCUUCAAUUUUCAUGGCUUUCUAGCAGUGGUGCUCUUGGUAAUCUGUACCUGCACAUAUGUGAAAAUUGCAUAUCCGCCGCUUCUUGUAAAGAAAGAUGGGUUCCGUGGUUUAUUUUGGAAGGCGGCCAGAAUAGGUGAGCGCUUAAGCCCCUGGGUGGCACUGGGUUGCUUCAUAAUGGGCGUGUCAAUUCUCUUUUAAUGGCAUUGUCUGUGAUUUGUAGCUCCAUCCAAUUCUAUUAUGAAGAAAUUUGCAGCAGCAAACAUCUGAUUUUGUCAAGUGGAUUGUUGUAACCGGAAAACUGUUCUUCAAGUACUGUAAAUAGAGGAUAUUUUUAGGUGUAUCGACUUUAGUUUGUGAUUAUUUGAGUGACAGUCUUAUUGAAUGAAAAACAAUAGCUGUUUUUGUGAAGGCAGUGUGGGCAGGACUCUAAUUGCCGUAUAGAUGAUAUAUGUUGAGAUGAAUUGUGUUUGCAUUA